GAUAUGUUCAGGGACUCCUGCCUGGCUAUGCAGACAAAAUGGACAUCGUCAAAGCUACUGUCGACACUUACUUCGAUAGUAAGAGGCGGGGCGAGAUGAGGGAACAAACGGGCAAGACCAACAAGCACCGCAAGCAGUGUGUCCGGAACACAAGGAUAGCUACGAAACUGGACCAUCGCCUGAAAGCCUUAAAGGCGAAGAAAUCAUACAAUAAGCAGCUCAAGCUGAAGCUGCAGCGCAUACUGACGAAGGAGUUCAUGUCAUCAGACGAGUCAGAUACUGAUGACAAUGGAGAGAAAAUCUUUCUGACCAAGGCCAUUCCUUGGCAGUCAGACACAUUGACAAAAUACAAAAGAGAGCUAGACCAAAAGUAUGAAACUGCUAUCCAAAGUGAACAGGCAAAAAGACAGUCAAUAAAGAGGGUACCUGGCCCUCCUUCCACUUCCAAGUCUAAAAAGCCUAUCUUGUCAGAGGAGGAUACAUGGAUUGCUAAAUGAAGAUUCACCAAUAAGAGACUUACUUAUCCCUAGUUAGGAUGUCAUUUGCAUAGUUAAAAAGGAAGUCUGAUUUAUUUUUGAUUC